UCUCCGACCUUCAACUGAAAUAAAAGGGAACCAAAGUAUCUAUGCUUUGAGAAUGGGGUAGAAGAAUGAUUAAAUCGGGGAAAUAAUCAAACAAAAACAAUGCCAUAUCGUUAUCUAAUAUGCACCCCAGCAAAAACUUUCUCAAAUGAACUUAUGAGAAAGUUGGUACCAUUAGGAUGUUGUCACACAUCACAAGCACGACCCUGUGGGAGUCGUUCACAUAAGCGUCACUACUAUACCAGUCAUAAGUUAAACUCCAAGCUUACCCAUAAGCCUCACUGGCACCUACCGAGUGAAAACAAACGACUAAUUCAAAACUGUGAUAAUUACAAAACAAAUUUUAUCAUACGCCGUGUUACCUAUAGAAACUCGCAAGGAAAUGAUGUGCCAUAUGUCCGCGAUUAUCAUAUUUCGGCUUUACUCUUCAAAGACGAGAAUAAGAAAGAAGUAAAAGAUGUCAAAGGUCAUGGAGCAACUGAAAGCAAAGAUUCUCCUAAAGAGUCUGGAGCAAAGGGAGGUAAAUCACCUACAGAUGCCUCCUCAAAGGUGCCUAAGGAAAAUGCGAAGGAGGUGGGACCACCAGCUAAGAAGAGUUUGGGAACCAGAAUAAUGAAUGAACUGAAACACUAUUAUCAUGGAUUUAAGUUAUUAUUUAAAGAAUUCAGAAUGUCCACGAGAUACAUGAUUGACGUUGUUAUCUUUAGGAAAUCACUCAAGAGGAGAGAAAUCCAGCAGGUGAUCCGUUCGACGUUUGAUAUUUUCCGCAUUUUACCAAUGAUUGUUAUGAUUGUUAUUCCCUUUAUGGAGUUUGCCAUUCCCUUUGUUAUAAAAUUCUUCCCAGGCCUCCUUCCCAGUACAUUUCAACCUAAAAAGACAGAUGAUAUGAGAAUGAAGGUGUUAAAGGCAAAGAUUGAGAUGACAAAGAACAUGGUGGAAACCAUUAAGAAUCACCCCCUGAUUAGCAAGAAAUCUGAGACCGCUGAGGACUUUGCUAAUUUUGUCGCUAAUGUUCGAAACAAAGGCAUUCAGCCUACCACCGAGGAGAUCAUGAAGUUCUCCAAGUUCUUUGAGGACGAGUUGACCUUGGAGAAUUUAAAUCGACAACAGCUGCAGGCCAUGUGUCGUAUCCUUGACCUCCCACCCAUGGGAAUGGACAGCUUUCUCAGGUUUUCGCUCAGAAUGAAACUCAAACGGCUCAAGUUAGACGAUAAGAUGAUCCAGCAGGAGGGAGUUGACAGCCUCACGAUCCCUGAACUCCAGGCAGCUAAUCGUGAGCGGGGGAUGAGGGCCCUUGGGGUGUCUGAGGCUCGCCUGAAGAGCCAGUUACAGCAGUGGCUGGACCUCCAUCUAGAGAAAAACAUUCCCUCCUCACUUCUCCUGUUCUCCAGGGCGCUGUAUUUACCGGAGACACUGUCAACAGAAGAACAGCUGAAGGAGUCUAUCAUCAAUCUACCAGAGACCAUGACAUCUAAAGAGAAGAUUGCAGAAGCUCAGGCCCUGAAGGAGAAAGAGAAAGCAGAGAAAGAGAAAGCUGAGAAAGAGAGAAUUCCUGAGGUGGUUCCUGAGAAGGUUGUUGAGGUUCCAGAGGUGCCACCAGCACCACCUACUCCUGAGGAGGUGCCCAUUCCUGUGGAGGAACCAGCCACAGGAGUCAAAGGUCUGGCCGCCAAAUUACAGAGCAAGCUGGCGGACUUCAAACAGAAAGUGGAUGAAUACGACAAAGAGGCCACGAAGAAACGCGUGCUGAAGAUCUGGAAGCUGAUCCGCGAGCUCGGAGAGGAGAAUAGGAGGGAGCACAAGAAGUUCUUUGAGGAGUAUAAGGAGUAUCUGAAGGAAGGAGAGAAGCCGGAGAAGGUGGUGGCUGAGUCAGGGAAGAAAGCCAAGGUACCCAAACCCACAGAGGAGGAAAAGAAGGCCAUAGCGACAGCUGAGGCAAUUGCUGCAGAAUCUCUAAUGACUGCAGAAACCCAGACAGAUCCCGCCAUGAUGAUGGAAGCUCAGCCAGGAGAGGAAUUGAAGGACCUGGAUGAGGAAAUCACCACAGAAGACCUGGAAGAUUUGGAGGAUGCCAUCAUUGAGGCAGCCAAGGAGAAAUCCGUGGAUCUCGAGAAGGAAGAGAGGGAAGAGGAGCUGGAGGAUUGUGAAGAGGAUGUGGACGAGUUAAAAGCAGUUGUCCUCCAAGAAGGAGAUGUAGAUUCUAAGAAUGCCAGCAAGCUCUGGAAGAUGGUCAACCGAGCCGUGGACAAACUGGACAAGCAGAUUGACGAGUUCCAUGACCAGAAGGACGAAAUUCAGGUGGAGAUCGACACGCGGGAAGUCCGCCUUAAGAAAAGUCCCGAGUUACAAACAAACCUCGAAAAGAGGGAGGAGAUCCUCUCAGAACUCAAAAAGAGAAAGAAGUCUGUGAUCAGUAUAAACGAGAUGUUGCUGGCUCUGAAGCGGAUUAAGAAGAUCCCAGAUGAUGUGAGAACACAGAAGAUUCUACAGGUGUUGGAUGAAGAUCGAGACGGAAGGAUUGAGCUUGUCCAUGCACUCAAGGUGAUAGAGUUACUUGGAAAGGACAAUAUGAAACUGAACCCUAAACAAGUUUCCGAGGUGACAAGGCUCGUGAAAAAGGAGCUACUUCAAGAGGAAAAGGAAACAUUAAAAGACAAUGCAAAGACUCUGAAGACUGAAGAGCUCCAAUCUAAGAAUGAUAACUCUAGCAAGGAAAAGGAUGAAAGUGACAAAAAGCAGGAAAAACAGUCAUGAAAAGGAUAAAAAGACAAUUCAUUAAAAAUUGUGUUCAAAUGUUCCAGAAUAAUUUGAUGGAGGGCCAUAGUGUUUUUCAUGCAAACUGAUUUUGACCCAUUUUGCCCUUAUAGGUUUAAAUGUUUUUAUAAUUAUAAAUGUUGCAUAAAUCAAGUGAGUGACUGCAACAGCAUUUAUUAAGGAAUAUAGCAGUGGUAUAUGUAAUUGAAUUCUGAAUGUCUUGUAGCACUUAAUUUACAUGCUAUGAUAAGGCAUGUGCUGCCAAGGUAUGGGGAACUGUUAUUGAAUAGAUGCUAUUUCUCUCACAUAUUUUACAUUUGAUAAGGUAUUUUACUUUUUAUGAAAUCAAAUUUCAUAGGAACAUGUUAAUAGAGUCUAUUUGUAAUUCAUGAAAAUUGUUUUGUAUUUCCAUGAAUGAUAAGUCAUGUGCUUUGUUUAGGUUAUUAACAAUUAGAUGCUUGUCUCAGCUUAUAAAAGAAACAUUUUUUGUAUGAACAAAACAAAAAAUUACUGGACAAACUGGACUUUGUCCAGAGAUGUUAGAAGUAGAUGUAUUCGACAUAUUUGGUUAACUUCUGCAGAAAUUAAUUAAUAGUACAUGAGAAAAUAUUUUAGAUGUUAAAUUAUUUUAAUCAAAAUAAGACAAUGCAUGAGGUAUGAUGUCAGUGAAAAACAAAUGUAAAAUUUCAAAACUUUUUUACAUAAUAUGAGAGGAUUAUAAAUCUGUCCCUGUCUUUCAUUACUCAGUCAAUAAAAGAGUGCUAUAAAAAUUA